AUGUCGGAAGUACGCCACUCAAAACGACUGCUUGCAAAAUCUAACAAAGUCAACGUUUCCCCCCAAAAAAAGCAACAAACGAAAGUUGCAAAAGCCCCAAAGACACAGACCACGACUAAACGAAAAAAUAAAAGUUCAGACGCAAAGGAAAACAUUCGCAAGACUCCUGAAAACAUUGUUGAUUCUUCCCAAACUGAUGAUUCUUCUGACAUUGACAGCGAAGAUGAGGACUUUUAUCAAAAGAUUCAGAAUCAGAGAAGAAAGCUAGAGCAAGAAAAGUUGAAAAUCAUCCAAGAUCUGAACCUCCAUCAAGCUGCUCUUGACCUUCAAUCUUCACUUAAAUCAAACUCUGGGGCAAGGAGGAAAACUGAAAAACGUGAAGCUGGAGUCCCUGUGCGAAAAUCGAGACGUUUGCAAAACAUAAAACCUGAGGAUAAGGAUAAAGAAGGAUGGAGUGCUUCUACUGAAGUAUCGGAACCAAAAGCACAGAGAGUAACAGAUCAAGAACAUAAAAUUGACCCAGUGGUCAAGGAAACAACAACCAAGAAGAAUUCGGAUCCUGAAGAGACUAAUAACAACAAGGAAUCUUCAAAAUACACGGAAUUAAUCGAAAUCUUCAAAUCUGAGCUAAAACUUAAGUUUCCAGAUGAGAAUCUUCCAGUGGACAGUUUCACAAAAAAGCUUGAGUCCAAUACUUCGAGUCAAUGUGUUGUUGAAAAAGUUGUGCAGAGUCGAAUAUACGCCAUUGAUAUUUAUCCAAGCCAUAGUGACAUCAUAAUGGCAGCUGGAGGGAGAGAGGGAGACGUCGGUAUUUGGAAUCUUGACACUUCAUAUAAAGGAGAUGACAAAGCGAGUAUCUUUUCAUUUUUUCCACACUCCUCCCCUGUUAAAUGUCUUCGGUUUGCACCAGAUGCUCCACAUAAACUAUAUAGUUGUAGCUAUGAUGGAAUGUUUCGUUGCACUGAUCUAACAAGUGAAACAGUCAGCAAGGCAAUACACGAUGAUGAAACAUACCCUCCUAUGUAUUUUGAUUUUAUCGGAAAAACUUCUCAAUCUUUUAUUCUUGCAAAGUAUGGUGGGGAUGUAAUGUUAUGUGACACCAGAGAAAGUGAGGACAAAUUUAAAACAUAUGGAACUGGCAUGAGAUCUCUUAGAGGAGUUUCUGUUCACCCGGUUGAUUCACACUACUUUGCAGUCAGUGGAAAUGACAAAACUUUGGGGUCGGCACUUAUAUUUGACAUGCGAAAGUUACUUCGCAAGGCGUCACACCCAGUAGUGACACUACAUGGACACAAAAAAGCUGCCAACUCAGCAAUUUUUUCACCAAUUACUGGGAACAAAGUGUACAACACCAGUGUUAUUGGAGAAAGUGCAUCUAAACCUUGUGUAUCAAUACACCAUAACAACCACACUGGAAGGUGGCUGGCUCCUUUCCAACCAGCUUGGCAUCCAACAAGGGACGACAUAUUCGUCAUGGGAAGUAUGCACAAACCAAGACAGGUUGAAAUUUUUGACUCUGAUCUACAGCUUCAAUGUGUACUUAACGAUACAGAAGUUAUGAAAAGUGUGUGUUCACUCAACCGUAUCCACCCAAGCAGAGAUGUGGUCGUCGGGGGCAACUCAAGCGGACGGGUUUUUAUCUUCGGGCAAUAG